CGGACGACAACAAUAGACAGUCGAGUAGCCGUGCAGUGAGGUCCUGCUAGAAAAUCUCCACGUCUGGACUUUUAAACUGCUUGUCACGCAAACCUUUUUGGUUUAGGAGUCUAAGUAGGCGGAUAAAUGUCUGAAGCAUCAGAACUUCCUAAAAAAGAAGAAGAAGAGGAAGAGGUCACUUCCGAACCAGAGGAUCAAUCCGACGACAGCAGUGACGACGAGGCUGCGGGAGAAAACCAAAUGGACUUCCUGCGCAACCUCUUCUCCAGCACUCUGGGCCUCGGCUCAGCAGAGAAAGUUUUGGAUGAGCUGACUCUGGAAGGAGUGGCGAGAUACAUAAAGAGCGGCAAAUGUAAAAAUAUCAUCUGCAUGGUUGGAGCUGGAAUAUCCACAUCUGCUGGGAUUCCAGAUUUCCGCUCCCCGGGAACUGGCCUUUAUGCAAACCUGCAGAAAUACAAUCUGCCCUAUCCAGAAGCCAUCUUCCAAAUAGAUUACUUUAAGCAACACCCAGAGCCGUUCUUCGCCCUGGCAAAGGAGCUUUAUCCUGGACAGUUCAAGCCAACAAUCUGCCACUACUUCAUCAAGAUGCUGAAGGAGAAAGGGCUCCUGAGACGCUGCUAUUCACAGAACAUCGACACACUGGAGCGAGUGGCCGGGCUGGAGGGAGACGACCUGAUCGAAGCCCACGGAACCUUCUACACAUCACACUGCGUCAGUUUCUGCUGUCGUAAAGAGUACAACCUGGACUGGAUGAAAGAAAAAAUCUUUUCUGAUGACAUUCCCAAAUGUGACAAAUGUCAGAGUUUGGUCAAACCAGACAUUGUCUUCUUUGGUGAGAAUCUGCCCGUACGAUUCUUCACUGCAAUGAAGAUGGAUUUUCCUCGCUGUGACCUUCUCAUCGUCAUGGGAACGUCUCUGCAGGUCCAGCCUUUCGCGGGCCUCGUCGGCAGGGUUUCUAAAAGUUGCCCCAGACUGCUCAUAAACAUGGAGAAAGCAGGGCAGGCUGAUCCUCUGUUGGGGAUGCUCGGCUUUGGAGGAGGCAUGGACUUCGACUCAGACAAGGCUUACAGAGAUGUAGCUCACAUCAGCACGUGUGACGACGGCUGUCUGGCGCUCGCCGACCUGCUGGGAUGGAAAGCCGAGCUGGAGGAGCUGGUGAAGCAGGAACACGCCAAGAUCGACAGUCAGGACAAGAAAGAGAAAAGUGUUGAGAGCAAAGGAGCCGCGGCCAAAUCUGACACUGCCUCUGCGUCAGCAGAGCCCAAAGCCGAGGAGUAAACUGCUGUAAAAGUUUUGAUUAACAGCAACCGAUUUGAAGCUACAAGUUUGGCUUCCACGAGCUAACAACGCAGAGUUUACCGUUUCGGAGUGAAGCUUUGACGAGUGUCUAUCACACUCUGCUUUUCCUUCUGAGGAUGUUGAAAUCUCCAAGGAGAAAAAACAAAAAAACAACUUAACAUCUUGUGUUUACUCAUCUGUUUAUAUCAGUCAUUUGCACUUUACAUCAUGCUAACUUCCUAUUUGUAUUUAAUUUGCUUUAUCUUAACAUGUUUCUGAUGUGUUUGUCUCCCUUUUCCCAGUUCUGCUCCAGUACAGAGGAUCGUUCAUGAUUCUGAAACACAUUGACAGACCUGUGAAAGGUGGUUUAAAGUCUUCGCACAGUGGUUUAGAUGAGGCGCCUCAAUGCGCUGCAUCUCACUUUAGUUGUAGGUGAUUUUCCAACCGCACUGGAACUGACAGGUCAGUUUUCAAGAGGGACAUGAACUUUAUUCUAGUUGAGCUAAUCGUAACUUUAAAUAGGACAACAGUUUGUUUUUAGUAAAUGAUUUUAUUGUGCACUGAAUUUCAUUUUCUGUUGAACUUCAACACAAUUCUCAGACAUUUAACAAACAGAAUGCACCAAAGUUGCAGAAACUUUGCUCUUUGUGAAAAUUUCAAAUAAACUGCUUUACCAACAAGAUCCUCCUAAACCCUGAAGGAAAAGGGUAUGUUUUGUAAAAUUAAUAGAUCCUAAGUAUAGAUUCCAUUUUUCAGUGCUUGAUUUUUCAACAAUCUCAAAAUUAAAGUACCAACAAGCCUUAGCAGGUCCCGUCGGUGAUGUUGUAAAUAUUCUUUUCUGAGAAUACAUGGAAAAUGUAUCAGAGUCAGACACAUUUGCUAAUGCUCAGUGCUAAUGCAGUACGCAGUUAAAAAAAAAGACCAUUCACUGUCCUCACUGGUUGAUCGUUGUUUUCUGCUUAAAGUGGGAUAAUUAUGGAGGUGGGAACGUAAUGCUUACUGUGCUGUUGGAAGAAAAAAGACACAUUUUACGGAAACCUAAACUGCUUUGCGAGCAUGAAAAAAUGGCAUCAUGAAAAAAAACUAAACAUACUGGAGUCAAAACAGUGAAAUGUAACAUCUGUACAAUGUGUUGGAACUCAAUGCAACCUGCAAUAAAGUUGAUUUUUUUUCCAGCUGA